UCAUGGUCUGAUAUGCUUAGCUGCCGUUAAACAAAAGGCCUCGUUCUAUGUGAGGUCUUACCUUAGUCUGUACUUGUGAGUAUCGGAGCUGACAGCAACAUGAUCACUCUCACCAACCUCGUCGCCGCCGGAGCGGCUCUCUUAUCCGGUCACCACGCCUUUGCAGCCCAGCUCACCAGGGUCGACUACCCAAACAAUGCAACGUCUAAGCCUCAGAUGUACAUCUACGUCCCCGACCGCGUCGUCUCCAAUCCACCCCUGGUGGUCGUCAUCCACUCAUGCCAAUCAUCCGCCCAGUCCUACUUCCAGAACUCGAAGAUCCCCUGGCGCACCGGGUCCGACCGCAAGGGAUACAUCACGCUCUGGCCGUCGUCGCCGCACUCAGGAACCUGCUGGGACGUCUCGUCUCGGCAGUCGCUCAGCCACAAUGGGGGUGGUGACAGCCAGGCGAUCGCCAACAUGAUCUCGUAUGCCAUCCAGAAGUACAGCGUCGAUGCCGAGCGGGUGUACCUCACGGGUGGCAGCUCGGGCGCGAUGAUGGGCAACGUCAUGGCCGCCACGUACCCUGAGCUGCUCAAGGCUGUGAGCAUAUACAGCGGGGUGCCGGCGGGCUGCUUUGUGAGCGCGAGCGGUGGAGUCGAUCAGUGGAAUAAUACCUGCAGUGGCGGGCAGAGCCGGGCUACGCCUGAACAGUGGGGCAACGUAGUGCGGAACAUGUACCCCGGGUACAGUGGCCCACGACCCAAGAUGCAGAUCUGGCAUGGCAGUGCCGACGGCACGCUCGCGCCGGCCAACUACCAGGAGAUCAUCAAGCAGUGGACGAAUGUGUUUGGCGUCAGCCAGACACCGACCAGCACGCUCCGGAACUACCCGCAGGCCAACUACCAGACGGACAACUAUGGGGAGAAUGUGCAGGGCAUCUAUGCCACGGGAGUGGGCCACAGCGUGCCGGCGAAUUUGACGGCCAGUGAGCAAUGGUUUGGUCUGUGAAGAGAGCGGAGGUAGAGGAUGGCCGGUGCGAGGAGAUGUGCAGUGUGCGUUCGGUGGUGUGCAUACAUGCCGCGCUGUUGGGGCAAUGGCCGUGUCUA